AAUAUUUUUAUUGGUCAUCAUGGUUUGAAGAACUUCGUUCUCCAUUUUUCCUCUGUUGGCGGCCAAGUUGCCUGGCAAACACACACACACGCAUAUAUAUAUAUAUAUAUAUAUAUAUGUAUAUGUAUAAUCUGCACGAGCCUUUGUAACUCAGUGGGAUAAUUUUCUCCUGAUACGGCUACAUCCAAGGAACAGAGACUAAUUUCAAAGCCAGGAUAAUUCCUGGUCCAGGUGCUUGUUGGAUCUUUCUGGUUUCUGGGUUUUGUCUGAUCUACGUUUCUGUGCCUGUUCUUGAAAGGGAUUCAUUAGUCAACAAUCAUCACAUUUACGGAUAUUAUCAUAAAGGACGUGACAGUAAUAAAUAACAAUGGAUUCAAGCAUUGCAGAGUCCUCCAUGUCGAAAACCAGAGAAGAAGAAGGAGAAGGAAAGCAAGAGUCUGAUCUGAAAGAGGAGAAGAACGAAGAAGAAGACGAGAAGAUCAAGACUGUGCCGUUUUACAAGCUGUUUGCCUUUGCAGAUUCGUUCGAUGUCUUCUUGAUGGUAACAGGGACGAUCGGUGCUGUGGGAAAUGGCUUAGGCCUCCCUAUUAUGACCAUCUUGUUUGGGGACGUGGUCGAUGCUUUCGGACAGAACCAGAACCGUUCUGAUGUUUCCAAAGACAUCUCUAAGGUGGCUCUGAAGUUCAUAUAUCUCGGAAUCGGAACCCUUGCAGCCGCGUUUCUCCAGGUUUCUGGCUGGAUGAUAUCUGGGGAGAGACAAGCAGCAAGGAUAAGGAGUCUGUAUCUAAAAACCAUACUAAGACAGGACAUUGCUUUCUUCGACGUCGAGACCAACACUGGCGAGGUUGUCGGGAGAAUGUCUGGCGAUACUGUCCUGAUUCAGGACGCCAUGGGAGAGAAGGUGGGGAAGGCUAUACAGCUCGUAUCGACUUUUAUUGGAGGUUUUGCGAUAGCAUUCUCAGAAGGAUGGCUUCUGACUCUCGUAAUGUUAUCCUCAAUCCCGCCUCUUGUGAUGGCCGGUGCAGCUCUCGCCAUCGUCAUUGCCAAGAUGGCUUCUCGUGGACAAACGGCUUACGCUAAAUCUGCAGUCGUGGUUGAACAAACUAUCAGCUCCAUAAGAACGGUGGCAUCGUUCACGGGAGAAAAGCAAGCGAUAAAUGCUUACAAGAAGCAUCUAGUCGCUGCAUACAAAGCAGGUGUGUUUGAAGGAACUUCAACAGGUUUAGGACUGGGAACUCUCUUCCUGGUUGUGUUCUGCAGUUAUUCUCUGUCUGUUUGGUAUGGUGGGAAGAUGAUACUGGAGAAAGGCUACACCGGAGGACAAGUCGUCAACAUCAUUAUCGCCGUCUUGACUGGUUCCAUGUCUCUUGGCCAAGCGUCGCCAUGUUUGAGCGCUUUUGCUGCCGGGAAAGCAGCGGCUUACAAGAUGUUCGAGACCAUUGAGAGGAAGCCCGAGAUAGACUCUUACGCCACAACUGGGAAGGUCUUGGACGAUGUCCGUGGAGAUAUAGAGCUGAAAGACGUGACCUUUAGCUACCCAGCUAGACCAGACGAGCAGAUAUUCCACGGAUUCUCGCUCUUUCUCCCGAGCGGUACGACUGCAGCUCUGGUCGGGCAAAGUGGAAGCGGGAAAUCCACUGUGAUCAGUUUGAUAGAGAGGUUUUAUGACCCACAAGCCGGCCAAGUCCUGAUAGAUGGGGUUAACCUGAAAGAGUUUAAGCUGAGAUGGAUCAGAACCAAGAUAGGACUCGUCAGCCAAGAACCGGUAUUGUUCACAUCAAGCAUAAAGGAAAACAUUGCAUAUGGAAAGGAAGAUGCCACCAUUGAAGAGAUCAAAGCAGCUGCAGAGCUUGCAAACGCAUCUAAAUUCAUCGACAAGCUUCCUCAGGGUCUGGAUACAAUGGUCGGUGAACACGGGACUCAGCUGUCGGGUGGGCAGAAGCAGAGAAUAGCAGUGGCGAGAGCUAUUCUGAAAGACCCUCGAAUCUUACUUCUAGACGAAGCUACGAGCGCUCUCGAUGCAGAAUCCGAAAGGAUCGUUCAAGAGGCUCUCGAUAGAAUCAUGGUUAACAGAACAACUGUUAUCGUUGCUCAUCGUUUGAGCACCGUGAGAAACGCUGACAUGAUCGCCGUGAUUCAUCAGGGCAAGAUCGUAGAGAAAGGUUCUCACUCGGAACUGUUGAAUGACCCGGAAGGAGCAUACUCUCAGCUCAUACGUCUACAAGAAGAGAAGAGACAGUCAGAAGGACCGACAGAUGAGCAAAACAGGUCGGAGACAUCGAUGGAACCGGCGAAACAGCAGAGUCUUGGAAGCUUAUUGGGAAGGUCUAUAAGCAGAGGAGGAUCGUCUCGUGGAAACAGCAGCCGCCAUUCUUUCUCAGUGUUUGGUUUUCCUGCAGGAGUAGACACGAACAAUUCCAAUCUUGAUCAAGAAGAAACUCCAUUGCCAACAGAAGAACACAAGAAAGUAUCAAUUCUCAGAAUCGCUGCUCUGAACAAGCCUGAGAUCCCAGCGAUCAUUCUCGGCUCGAUAUCGGCUAUGGGGAAUGGCGUUAUACUUCCGCUUUUCGGAAUACUCAUGUCCAGUGUGAUCAAAGCGUUUUACAAGCCACCAGACCAGUUAAGACAUGAUACGAGGUUCUGGGCAAUCAUCUUCCUGGUUCUUGGUAUAGCAGCCAUUGUAGCGUAUCCUGCACAGACAUUCUUCUUCUCCAUCGCCGGCUGUAAACUGGUGCAGAGGAUCAGGACGAUGUGUUUUGAGAAAGUGGUUUGCAUGGAGGUCGGGUGGUUCGACGAGCCACAGAAUUCUAGCGGAGCCAUUGGCGCGAGGCUUUCGGCUGAUGCAGCCACUAUCCGUGGUUUGGUCGGAGAUGCUUUGGCUCAAGCGGUUCAAAACCUCUCGUCCGUGACAGCGGGUCUAGUCAUUGCCUUUACGGCUUCUUGGCAAUUAGCUCUUAUCGUACUCGCAACUCUGCCACUUAUCGCUCUUAACGGUGUCCUAUACAUGAAGUUCAUGAAAGGUUUCAGCGCCGACGCAGAGAAUAUGUAUCAGCAAGCAAGCCAAGUGGCUAAUGACGCAGUAGGGAGUAUAAGAACAGUGGCAUCUUUCUGCGCGGAAGAGAAAGUGAUGAAAAUGUACAAGAAGAAGUGUGAAGGUCCUAUGAAGACAGGGAUACGGCAAGGUUUAGUUAGCGGUAUCGGUUUCGGGGUUUCCUUCUUUGUGUUGUUUGCUUCCUACGCGACCAGUUUCUAUGCCGGAGCACGGCUGGUUGAUGCCGGGAAAACAACCUUCGACUCUGUUUUCAGGGUUUUCUUUGCUUUAACCAUGGCGGCUGUAGCCAUUUCCCAGUCAAGUUCAUUGGCUCCUGAUUCCAGCAAAGCCGGAAUCUCGGCGGCUUCCAUCUUUGCGAUCAUCGAUAGGAAAUCAAGAAUCGAUCCCAGUGAUGAAUCGGGGAUGAUGCUGGAAAACGUGAAAGGAGACAUAGAGCUCCGUCAUGUCAGUUUCAGGUACCCAGCAAGACCAGACGUCCAGAUCUUCCAGGAUCUUUGUCUUAACAUCCGUUCCGGAAAGACAGUUGCUUUGGUCGGGGAGAGUGGAAGCGGAAAAUCGACGGUGAUAGCGUUGUUGCAGAGGUUUUACGAUCCAGACUCGGGUGAUAUCACACUGGAUGGAGUAGAGAUUCAGAGACUGAAGCUGAAAUGGCUGAGACAGCAAAUGGGACUGGUCAGCCAAGAACCCGUCUUGUUCAACGACACCAUCAGAGCCAACAUUGCUUACGGGAAAGGAGGAAACGCUACAGAAGCUGAAAUCAUCUCUGCAGCACAACUCUCUAAUGCCCACACCUUCAUCAGUGGCCUUCUUCAGGGAUAUGAAACGAUGGUGGGAGAGAGAGGGGUGCAGUUAUCAGGAGGACAGAAGCAAAGAGUGGCCAUAGCCAGAGCCAUUGUGAAGGACCCCAAGGUUUUGCUACUUGACGAAGCGACCAGUGCUUUAGAUGCCGAAUCAGAGCGCGUGGUUCAGGACGCGCUGGACCGGGUGAUGGUUAACCGGACCACCGUAGUGGUGGCCCACCGGUUAUCGACGAUCAAGAAUGCUGACGUCAUCGCCGUGGUUAAGAACGGAGUCAUCGUCGAGAAAGGGAAGCAUGAAACCUUGAUCAAUAUCUUUGACGGCGUUUACGCUUCCUUGGUACAGCUUCACAUGACCGCUUCUACUUAAACAUCGUUUUUUUCCCUUCUCUCGUCCUUUUUU